UUUUUGCUCAGUUCAUUGGUUCAAGACGUUGAUUCUCUUGACGGCCGCCUUUUCCGUCCCCUUUUUCAGCCAUGCCAGCCCCCGGAGCCAAGAAGAAGGUCCUUCUCAUCGGUGGCCAGUUCACGGGAAACUUUUGCGCUCGUGAGCUCAAGAAGCAGUUCUACGUCACGGUGGUGGACUGCAAGGAGUACUUCGAGUACACUCCAGGCGUCUUGCGGGCUUUUGUCCGGCCGGCCCAUUUAGACUCUUUGACCUUCACCUUGCAACCGGUCUACGAGCGCAAGAUGGGCGUGAAGUUCAUUUGGGGAGAAGUCAAGGAGCUCAAUGGAGCCAGGAAGACUGCCAGUAUCAAGACCAUGUUCUCCAACAACAUCGAUGAGGUUGGCUUCGACUAUUGCAUCAUUUGCUCCGGCUGCAACUUCGGCCCCUUCAAGCCCAUGGGCGAGUCCUUGUGGUUCCCCACGGUCCACGAGGAGGCCCGAGGCCAUUCCGAUUGGAAGCACAUCGAUGAGCGCUACCUGGAGGGGCGUCGUCGUCAUGUUUUGGAGGAGUACCAGAAGCUCACGGACCUCAACAAGAAGCAGGCCACGGUCUUGAUUGUGGGUGCGGGCUUCAUCGGAGUGGAGUGGGCCACAGAACUGGAGCACUUCUUUCCGAACUUGAAGAUCACCAUCAUCGAUUUCCUUCCUCGAUGCUUGGGGCCUCUGCCGGAUGGUGCUGCUGACUACUGCUCAGAUUAUAUGGCAGCUUGCGGCAUCAAGGAGUUCUACAAUUGCAAGUAUGACCCCAAGAACCCGGAGUUCUGGAAGCAAAUCGAGCUCCCCAAUGGUGCGGACGAGAUCUACGUGUGCAUCGGAGUGAAGGCCUCGAACUAUUUCAUGCCAGCUGAGACGCUCUCGGACAAGGGCCCCGGAGGAGGUGGUUGGAUUCAUUUCAACAAACAUCUCCAAGUGACCCAGAAGCCGUCCCUGGGCGGGGGUGUUUGGGCUGAUGGCACGAUCUAUGCGGUGGGUGACUGCAAUUAUGGCUGCAUCGGUGAGCCGGGCAAGUGGGAGAUGCCUCCAGUGCCCAAGAUCUCAUACCCAGGAGAGGAGCAGGCCUACCAUGCUUGCUUGAACGUUAUGAAGAUGGAGAACGGCCAAAAGAACAAGUUGGUGGUCACCUGGUGGCCAUGGGGUGCCGGCAUGUUCGCCACGAGCCUGGGACCUCACGAUGCUUGCUUCGUGGCCGCGGCCAAUGAGAACAAGAACUCGGGCUACAUGGUGAACUGGUGGAUCCCCGCGGCGUUGCAGAAGGAGAUCAUUGAAACCACCAAGAUCGACGAGUGCCGCGACCGUUGGAUUGGUAUCCUCAUUUGGCACUUUGUGCAUCACACCCCCGUGCACCUGUUUGGCCGUGGCCCGUGGUUUGUUUAGACGAUUUUACAUGUCCCGAACGGGCGACCUCGUCGCAGGCUGUCGCAGGCUUUCAUGCCCCGAAGCCCGGUUUGUUUGUGCAUUCUGGCGGGCACCACCCUGCGAUCGCAAUACACAAGACUUGAGCGUGCGCAAA